AUGUCCGCUUUCAAUGUCGGCAGCACACUCAUCCCCUCGGCCCUCUUGGUCACUAGCAUCUACGUCGUCAAGCCCGAACUAGGCCCUUAUGCUAUCGCUACGGCCGCUGCCUUGGUCUGCCUAUCCUUCUUCACCGGCAGGAGCAUCGCAGAGCCUCGCAAGGUUCUGAAACCGAGCGAGUUCCAGCAUUUCGAACUAAAGCAGGUCAAUAAAAUCUCCCAUAAUGUCGCCAUCUACCGCUUUGCCCUGCCCCGUUCCACCGAUAUCCUUGGUCUACCUAUCGGCCAGCAUAUGUCGCUCGCAGCCACUAUCGAUGGUCAGCCCAGCGAGGUCAUUCGCUCAUAUACCCCUAUAUCUUCUGAUAAUGAGGCUGGCUAUUUUGAUCUACUGGUCAAGGCUUACCCCCAGGGUAAUAUCUCCCGAUAUCUUACCACACUGAAGAUCGGCCAGACUAUAAAAGUCCGGGGCCCUAAGGGCUCCAUGGUCUAUACUCCUAAUAUGUGUCGCCGUAUUGGUAUGAUUGCUGGUGGUACUGGCAUUACCCCCAUGCUCCAGAUUAUUCGGGCUAUUAUCCGCAACCGACCCCGUUAUGGAGGCAACGAUACCACCAAGCUUGAUCUAAUAUUCGCUAAUGUUAACCCGGAGGAUAUCCUGCUUCAGGAGAAGCUAGAGAGUCUCUCCAAGGAGGACGAUGCCUUUGAUAUAUACUAUGUCCUGAACAACCCGCCCGAGAACUGGGCUGGCGGCGUCGGUUUCGUUACCCCAGAGAUGAUCAUGAAGCGCCUGCCCGCGCCCGCUGCGGACGUCAAAAUCCUGCUCUGCGGACCUCCCCCCAUGGUCAGCGCCAUGAAGAAAGCCACCGAGUCUCUUGGCUACACCAAAGCCCGCCCUGUCAGCAAGCUCGAGGAUCAGGUUUUCUGCUUCUAA